AUGCCCGCGCAUCCAAUCGAGAGCUGGGCGGCGGCGGGGUGUUCUUCGUCUCUCGAACACCAACUCCCAGACAGCUCCUCCGUUGAUGAGCAAUGCCCUCAAGCAGAAGAAGAUAUAAUAACAGUUAUCGAACAAGCUCACUCGGAGCCGUUACCUAGCAAACAAGCGCAUGCCGAACAGACAUACGCCGAGGAAGACGAAGAACUUCAAUCAUCUUCCUCUCGCCCGUGCACAGUCAUAGCAGCAGUUGCUCCCUCUCCCUCCAUCCGCUCACACUCAUGCCCAGCGGACGCCCUACUACCUAGCCAUACUACUACUACUACUACUCCUCCUCCUACUCAUAAUAAUGAUGUAUCGGGCUCUCAAUCUACGCUUGCCCACCGCUCUCCUCCAGCCAGCUGCGAACCACCAAGGGGCGCAAGCAGUGAGGACAAACGGAGCACCGUGGUGCAAUCAUGGCGCCGCAAGCUCCGGCACACAUGGCUCAUGAGCAAGGGGAUGGUCAUGGUGAUGCUGGCGCAAUUCUUCGGCUCGUCUAUGAAUGUCAUGACCCGUACGCUGCAGCUGGAUGGGAGCCAUGGGAAGGGAAUGCAUCCGUUUCAGAUCCUCUUCGCCCGCAUGGGCAUGACCGUCCUCCUCAGCUUCCUCUACAUGCUCUACGCCCGCGUCCCCCACCCCUUCGGCAUCCGCUCCAUCCGGCCCCUCCUCCUCCUACGCGGCGUAAGCGGCUUCAUCGGCGUCUUCGGCCUCUACUACUCGCUCCUCUACCUCGCCCUCUCGGAAGCCACCGUGCUCACCUUCCUAGCCCCCAUCGGCAGCUGCUACGCCUGCUCGCUAACCAUGCCCAACGAGACCUUCACGCGCAGACAGCAGUUAGCAGCGCUGUCGUCGCUGGUGGUCGUCGUGCUGAUUGCAAGGCCCCGCGUCGUUGUUUCGUGGGCGUCACCGGCGCCACGGUCGCCUACACCUCCAUCCGCAUCAUCGGGAAACGCACGCACCCCGCUCGUCAGCGUCACGUAUUUCAGCGGCAUAACCACCAUCAUUUCGCUACUGGGCGUCGCGCUGAUACCGGCCAUCAGCUUCCGGCUGCCGGGCAACAUGGCGGAACUUCUGCUCCUGCUCGGCCUGGGGACGUGCGGGUUCCUAUUGCAGUUUUUGCUCACGGCCGGCUUGUCGUAUGUACCGCCGCCGUCGGUUAUGGAAGAAAGGGAAAAGGAGGUGGGAGGGGUUCUGGGGGGUGAGAAUGCUGGCGUGGGCGUGGGCGUGGGCGUGGGUGGGGGUGGGGGUAGGGAUGUGGAUGUAGAGCAGGACGGGGUAGUAGGGGAGGUUGGCGAGGGGGCUAGGGAGGGAGGAGAAGAAGCCGCGCAACGGGGGAGUAGCGAAGUGAUGAAGAAGGAAGAAAAUGCGAAACCAUCCUCCUCCACGCACGGCUCCAAAGCAACAUCCAUGGUAUACACGCAGAUGCUCUUUGCGCUGCUGUAUGACAAGUUGGUAUUCAACGCGACGCCGUCGCCGGUUAGUUGGGCUGGGUCGGCGAUUAUUUUGGCCAGUGCGAUUUACGUUGCGUUGGUGAAGGAGCGGGGGAAGGAGAAGGACGGCAGUGGUGGGGGUGCUAUUGAGGCUCAGGGUGAGGGAGAAGGAUCCAAGCAUACGCGAUCCUGGAACGCGGAGGAUGUACGGCUGGCAGAGGCAGAGGCAGAGGCAGAGGUAGAGGAGGGAAGGGGACUUUUGGCUGAUUACGAUGAUGAUGACGAUGAUGAUGAUGAUUAUGAUGAUUACGACUUUGACAAUGAUAAUGUUGGUGGUGGGAAUGGGAAUGGGAAUGGGAAUGGGCGCUGA